AUGUCCGCAUCUUUAGCACCAGAGUGUAACGAAGUGAAGGAGAAAUAUGACAACUGCUUCCUGAAGUGGUAUAGUGAGAAAUUCUUGAGAGGCACCUCGACAUCUGAUGAGUGCAAACCUAUGUUUGACCAGUACGAGAAGUGUCUAUCAAAAGCCCUGUCAGAACGGGGCAUCGACAAGAUGCUCAAGGAAGUCCGAGAAGAUAACAAGGAGAAUGAUGCUGAACACAUGAGACCGAGCCGGUGA